CUUACCGGGUUCACCCGGGGCGCAGGCCAGGGCAUUAAUAGAAUUCCCGAAAACAAAAUCAUCCCACGGCUGAAUGUAAUUGGGGACGUCUGCUAUAGGAUAUAUAAUCAUUAAUACCUGAGCACGCUCCUUUCAGAGACGCCGGAGAAACAAGCCAGCUCAGGGUGACCAUCUGUAACAUCUUACUUGUUACUACUACAACUGAACCAGCUACUACCAGACCUGUACCCAGCAUCAUGCUCAUUGUCAGACUGACUGCGUUCACCUUGCUGGCUGCAGUUUGCUGUACACUACCAGCUGCAGCGAUGAGAGUGGUCACCUGUGACAAUGGAGAAAACGUCCAGUUCCUGAUCUGUGAUUCUGGAGUGAUCUUCAUUGAGAGAGCUCUGUAUGGAAGGACUGAUGGAACCACCUGCAAAGAAGGACGACCUGCCAACCAGCUGACCAACACACAGUGUUCACAGACGGGCACCCUGGAGGUCCUCUCACACAGGUGCAAUGGGAAACAAGUGUGUGAAGUGAACACUGAAGUCUUCCGUACUUCUGACCCCUGUGUUGGAAUCUACAAAUACCUGGAAACCACCUACACCUGCCUCCCAGCAACACGCAGCAUCACGUGUGAAGGCUCUGAUGCUCUAUUAAAAUGUGAUGAAGGAACGAUCCAGAUCUACAGUGCCAACUAUGGCCGCCGUGACCAGCUAGUGUGUUCCUUUAAACGGCCCGCUAACCAACUAGCCAACACCAACUGCCUCAGCCAAUCCAUAACCACCAGUAAGGUGGCAGAGAGGUGUAAUAGGAAGAGCCAGUGUGACGUCCCGGCUUCCAACUCUCUGUAUGGAGAUCCCUGUGUAGGAACCUACAAGUACCUGGAUGUGGCUUACACCUGUGGCUAAAUGUGAGGCACGCAUGCAUACGGAGAUCUUCUCUGAGGAACAUAUCCAAGUGGUCUCUCUGGUCUAUCUCCCUCUUCAUUGGGUGGAUUUGUAUUUCUUGUCUUCUCUCCUCUGAAGUCUCAAUUGAGUGUAAAAUCGAUGUAAAUUCAAAAUGUGUAAAUCCCAUUGAUUGUGUAUUUCAUCAGGCAUAAUUUGUGUGUGAUAACCAUAAUGAGGCCCCUCUUGUGCUGCAACAAUGCACGGUCAGGAGGAAGCGUGGAGAAAUUAAACAUUAACCCCAAAAAUAAACUAUUCUUCAAAUAACACUGACAUAAUACUUUGCAUUUUGUGUACUAAAGUAUUUCUUCAAAACAAUGUUGAUUUUCUGAACUGAGGUGGUUGGUCUGAAUUAAACUAAGCAGCAUAAAGAC